AUGGUGGGAGUCGGUGGAACAGAGGACCUUGAAUUCAAGUGGGGCGAACCAUUGCCUUAUCUUGGAAAACUUAUAAAAAUAUGGGAGACUGCUGAUAAAUCGAAGAAAGUGAAGGUUUUAUGGUUUUUCCAACCUUCGGAUAUCUCAAAUUAUCUUGUAGAUGAAUUGGCACAUCCAAAGGAGAUAUUUUUAGCGUCUGGUGAAGGAGCAGGCCUUGCCAACAUCAAUCCAUUGGAAGCAAUUGGUGGAAGGUGCAAUGUAGUUUGCAUUUCAAAGGAUAGCAGAAAUCCUCAACCUUCUGACAGAGAUCUCAAAAUGGCUGACUUUGUGUUUUACCGUACUUUUGAUGUUGGAUUGUUAACUAUCAUGGAUAAUAUAGAUGAAAAAAUUGCUGGAACUGAAGGUAUUUAUUUUCUUUUAAAUUUAUUUUUAACCAACAGUUUUCUGAAGCCUUCUUCUGUCCAUAACUUUAGCGUGGAUGAUAAAAAUGCUAGUGAAAAGGCUAUGGAAAUAAAUGGAAGAAUGGUUUUGUCUAAGCUAAACUCAUCUGAGAACCAAAUUCCUGAAGAUGAUAGACAAGAGGAACAGAAACCUGCGGUUGCAGAGAAGCUUGCUCCCAAUGAUAGACAAGAGAAUGGCUUUAAAUACAAAUCUGCUUCAAGUUUUGAAGUUGAAGAGAAUUCAGAUGUAAAAGUUCCAUCAAUUAAACAUAAUAUCUCCCAGAGAGAGAAGCUUGUUUGUGUAGUUACAGAGUCAUGUGAAUUGGCCAAAGCAAAUGACAAAGGAAAAAGUUCUGGUGAUAAGACAGGUUUUAGCCGUAUCAUUAAAGAAAAUGCAGACUCAAAAGUGUCAUCAGUUAAACAGCAAAACCUUCCGUUGAAAAGAAUGUUGUUAUGCUUUCAUAAAAUUAGUCUACAAUUUAAGCUGAUCUUUAAACCGCCUCAUACAUUGUUUCCGCCUUGGAAAGAAAGAAUGCCGGAUGCACAUGAGCAUGGAAAACUUGUUCUGUUUCAAAAUAUGGAUCCAACUUACUCUUCAGCGGAUGUGGAGGAUAUAGUUUGGACUGCCUUCAAGAAAACAUGCAGAGCAAAGGUGGUGCAGCAGACUGCAUAUUCUAGCCCUCAUUCUGGUCAAGCUUUUGCUAUAUUCAAUACAAGGGAAGUAGCGGAGGGGGUUGUUACAGAAUUGGAUAAGGGAUGCUUGUUGCUACCGAAUCAGAGGCCACUUGUUGCCAGCAUCCCAAGUCCCUGCCUCUCAAAGAGAGUGUUUGCAGGUCAUCUCAUUGUUGAUAAACUCAAAUCCCUACGGGAGAUGAAAGAAGCAGUAUCUACUUCACAUUGUUCCCAGCCCAACACACUUGAAUAUGAUAUGGCCAUGGAAUGGUGCUUAAUGACAGAAACAUCCAAUCAGCUAUGGAAAAAAUUAUACGAGCAACAAUGGAAAGAUAUAAAAGAGUGAAGGCCUACUUUAAGACCAAAUGAGCACUGAUGAUUGGUUCCCCUAAUUUGGUA